AUGGCAAUUCAUGACAACAACAAUGUCAGCAGCUUCUUCUUUGUAUUAAUGGAUCUGCCGGGACUAGAGACUUCCCAUUGCUGGACAGCUAUUCCUGUCUGCUCUGUCUACGUUCUUUCUGUGCUGGGCAACAUCACCAUCAUGUACAUUGUCAAGUCUGUACCCAGCCUCCACACACCCAUGUAUCUCUUCCUCUCCAUGCUUUCCUUGGCUGACUUGGGCCUCUCUGCUUCUACGCUGCCUUCAAUGAUUUCUGUCUUUCUCCUGGGCCAGAGGAAGAUAGCACCUAUCGCCUGCUUUAUGCAACUCUUCUUCAUUCACACUUUCUCAGUCAUCGAAUCAGCAGUUCUGUUAGCUAUGGCUUUUGAUCGCUGUGUGGCCAUUCGAGAGCCUUUGCGCUAUGCCACCAUUCUCACAACCAAGCGCAUCAGGGCCAUCGGGCUGGCCAUUGUGACCCGGAGUGCUGCCCUCCAUCUGCCCCUGCCUGUGCUCCUUGGAAGACUGAAAUUUCAGCCCACAAAUGCUCUGUCUCACUCGUAUUGUGUUCAUCCUGAUGUUCUGAGGCUGGCCAGUUCUAGCACUCUUCUGAACAGUGGCCUUGGGCUCUUUGUCAUGCUUUCCACACUGGCGAUGGAUGCUGUGCUCAUUCUCUUCUCCUACGUGCUGAUCUUGAAGACAGUAUUGAGCAUUGCUUCCAAUGCUGAGCGGCUCAAAGCUUUCAACACCUGCAUUUCCCACAUCUGUGCUGUGUUACUAUUUUAUACCCCUCUAGUUAGCUUGUCCAUGAUCCAUCGUUUUGGAAAAAAGAAGCUACCUGCUCAGGUAUAUAUGCUUCUCUCUUACCUACACUUUCUUAUCCCUCCAAUGCUCAACCCAAUUGUCUACAGUGUCAAAACUAAAGAAAUUCGAGUACGUAUUCUAAAGAUGUUCCACCCGCAGAAGCUCUGA